CCGGCUCCCGGUAGUGAAGCGCAAUCAGCGACCGGGGCAUCAAGCCCGCCGGGGUCUCCUUUUAAAGGGGUGGCACCCCCCGGCCGCUGUCCGGCGGAGGGAAAGCGGCUGGAGCUGGGGGGCCGAACGAGCUUUGCGGACCCUGCGCGGUGUACCCCUGAGAGGGAUGAAUUCCGAGAGGGGCAGGGAAUUGCCUGCAGCCACACAGCACGACCCUCGCACUGACUCCUGCCUCCUGUCCCCUGCUGCAGCGUCACCAUGGGUUUCCGAACCCAGCUGAUGCUGCUGCUUUGGAAGAAUUUCACAUAUCGCAGGAGACAGCCGGUUCAGCUGCUGGUCGAGUUGCUAUGGCCUCUCUUCCUCUUCUUCAUCCUGGUGGCCGUCCGCCACUCGCACCCCCCGCUGGAGCAGCAUGAAUGCCACUUCCCCAACAAGCCCCUGCCGUCCGCGGGCACCAUCUCCUGGCUCCAGGGUCUCAUCUGCAACGUGAACAACUCCUGCUUCCCGAAGCCCACGCCCGGGGAGGAGCCCGGAUCCCUGAGUAACUUCAAUGAUUCCCUCGUGUCCCGGCUCCUAGCAGAUGCCCACACUGUACUGGGAGGUCCAAGUGCCCGCAGGACGCUGGCCAGCCUGGGUGCACUGAUGCCCACGCUCAGAGCUGCCCGCAACGCAGCCUGGCCUCGCCAAGAUGACCAGCAGGAGCAACCUUCGCUGACCACUGAGUUCCUGGGGACACUUCUGCGAGGGGAAUCCUUGAGGUCUAUCCUGAGCCAAGCGCAGGAGUCCCUGGGCAGCUUUGUGGAGGCCGCUGAGGACCUGGCUCAGGAGCUCCUGGCACUGCCCAGCCUGGCAGAGCUCCAAGCUCUGCUGCAGAGACCCUGGGGUACCAGCAGCUCCCUGGAGCUGGUGUCGGAAGCCCUGUGCAGUGCCAAGGGCCCCAGCAGCCCGGGGGGUCUCUCCCUCAACUGGUACGAGAACGGAGACUUGAAGGAGCUGGUGGGCAUGGAGCAGGUGCCAGCCGACCUGCCAGCCCAUGGCCUGAGCCCUGCCUGCUUAGACCUGAUGGGCUCACUGGGUGACCACCCACUAUCCCGCCUGCUCUGGAGACGCCUGAAGCCCCUGGUCCUCGGGAAGCUGCUCUUUGCUCCUGAUACGAAUUUUACCCGGCAGAUCAUGGCCCAGGUGAAUCGGACCUUCGAAGAGCUGGCUCUGCUGAGAGACAUCCAGGAAGUCUGGGGCCUGCUGGGACCCCAGCUCUUUGAUUUUCUGAACAACAGUGCAAACAUGGCCGUGCUGCAGAGUCUCCUGCUAGCGCGGCCACGACCUGGAGGCCGGGCCGGGGCAGAGGCCCUGCGAUCUUUCCUGGACCCCAGCAGGGGCGGCUAUAGCUGGCGGGACGCGCACGCCGAUGUGGACCGCGUGGUGCACAGGCUGGGUGGCGUGAUGGAGUGCGUGUCUCUGGACAAGCUGGAAGCCACACCCUCGGAGGCCGCCCUGGUGUCUCGGGCUCUUCAGCUACUGGCUGAGCGCCGCCUCUGGGCCGGCAUCGUCUUCCUGGACCCAGAGGACACCCCGGACCCUGCAGAAGUGUCAGGGCCAGGACCUAGUCCUGGACACUUGCGAGUCAAGAUUCGCAUGGACAUCGACGAUGUCACCAGGACCAAUAGGAUCAUGGACAAGUUUUGGGACCCUGGCCCGUCUGCGGACCCCCUGUCUGACUUGCGCUAUGUGUGGGGCGGCUUCGUGUACCUGCAGGACUUGGUGGAGCGGGCAGCCGUGCGUGUGCUCAGCGGCGCCAACCCCCGCACGGGCCUCUACCUGCAGCAGAUGCCCUACCCAUGCUAUGUGGACGACGUCUUCCUGCGGGUGCUGAGCCGCUCUCUGCCGCUCUUCCUGACGCUGGCCUGGAUCUACUCGGUGGCGCUGACAGUGAAGGCCGUGGUGCGAGAGAAGGAGACGCGGCUGCGCGACACGAUGCGCGCCAUGGGGCUGGGCCGCGCCGUGCUCUGGCUCGGCUGGUUCCUCAGCUGCCUAGCGCCCUUCGUCUUCAGCGCCGCGCUGCUGGUGCUGGUGCUCCAGCUUGGGGACAUCCUCCCCUACAGCCACCCGGCCGUGCUGCUCCUCUUCCUGGCAACCUUCGCGGUGGCCACCGUGACCCAGAGUUUCCUGCUGAGCACCUUCUUCUCCCGGGCCAACCUGGCUGCCGCCUGCGGAGGCCUCGCCUACUUCGCCCUCUACCUGCCCUACGUGCUGUGCGUGGCCUGGCGGGAGCUGCUCCCCGCGGGGGUCCGCGUGGCUGCGAGUCUGUUAUCGCCCGUGGCCUUCGGCUUCGGCUGCGAGACCCUGGCGCUGCUGGAGGAGCAGGGCGAGGGCGCGCAGUGGCACAAUCUGGGACGCGCGCCAGGGGCGGACGUCUUCAGCCUAGCGCAGGUCUCGGGCCUCCUGCUGCUGGAUGCUGCGCUCUACGCCCUCGCCGUCUGGUACUUGGAAGCCGUGUGCCCAGGCCAGUACGGGAUCCCUGAACCCUGGAAUUUCCCAUUCCGGAGGAGCUACUGGUGUGGACCUGCACCCCCCAAGGGUCCUGCUCCAGCCCCUGCUCCGCAGGACCCAAAGGUGCUGGUGGAAGGGGCACCACCUGGCCUGUGUCCCGGAGUCUCCAUCCGGGGCCUGGAGAAGCACUUCCCGGGUUCCCCGCAGCCAGCCCUUCGCGGGCUCAGCCUGGAUUUCUACCAAGGCCACAUCACUGCCUUCCUGGGCCACAAUGGCGCGGGCAAGACCACCACGCUGUCCAUCCUGAGUGGCCUCUUCCCGCCCAGCGGCGGCUCAGCCUUCGUCCUGGGGCACGAUGUCCGGUGCAGCAUGGCAGCAGUGCGGCCUCACCUGGGCGUAUGCCCACAGCACAACGUCCUGUUCGAUAUGCUGACAGUGGAGGAGCACGUGUGGUUCUACGGCCGCCUCAAGGGCCUGAGCGCAGCCGCCGUGGGCCCCGAACAGGACCGGCUGCUGCGGGACGUGGGACUUCUCUCCAAGCGCUGUGCACAGACGCGCCACCUCUCUGGUGGGAUGCAGCGGAAGCUAUCAGUGGCUAUUGCCUUUGUGGGUGGCUCCCGUGUCGUUAUCCUGGACGAACCCACAGCCGGUGUAGACCCUGCUUCCCGUCGUGGCAUUUGGGAGCUGCUUCUCAAAUACCGAGAAGGUCGCACACUGAUUCUCUCCACCCACCACUUGGAUGAGGCUGAGCUACUGGGAGACCGUGUGGCCAUGGUGGCAAGUGGUCGCCUGUGCUGCUGUGGCUCCCCACUGUUUCUGCGUCGCCACUUGGGCUCUGGCUACUACCUGACACUGGCAAAGAGUCUGCCAUCCCUGGCCACCAGGGAGAAGGGUGACAGUCCCUGGAAGGACAGGCUGGACACUGGACAGGAGCACAAGCCGGGCAGCCAGGACGGCACAGCAGGGCCCGGCACGGGAGCCUCGCAGGCCCUGCUGCCCCCAGAUGCAGCACAACUCCUGAGCCUGGUGCGGUCCUGGGUGCCAGGGGCACGGCUGGUGGAGGAGCUGCCCCAUGAGCUGGUGCUGGCGAUGCCCUACGGGGGCGCCCAGGACGGCAGCUUUGCCAGGCUCUUCCAGGAGCUGGACAGACAGCUGGGGGCACUGCAGCUCGCCGGCUAUGGAAUCUCAGACACCAGCCUGGAGGAGAUUUUCCUGAAGGUGGUAGAAGACAGCAAUAGCUCGGACCCAGAACCGAUGGGAGUCACCAGGGUUUCCCGGCUCUUGAACCCUGACCCUGGUCCAGAGCCGGAUGCGACCUCCGACCGAGUCUCCAGCCCUGAUGGUGCCACCUGGCCACACAUGCCCACGGGCACCCCGAGGGCCCCAGGACUGCCCGAGGAGAACGGAGAGCCGGCCGGGCUGGCCUCAGAGACGCAGGCCCUGCAGGGCUCCGGGGUGGACAUCGCAGGCCGGGUCCAUGGCUGGGCGCUGAGCCAGCAGCAGCUCCGGGCCCUGCUGCUCAGGCGAUUCCUGCUGGCCCGGCGCAGCCGCCGUGGCCUCUUCGCACAGGUCGUGCUCCCUGCCCUCUUCGUGGGCCUGGCCCUGGUGUUCAGCCGCAUCGCGCCUCCUUUUGGCCACUACCCCGCGCUGCGACUGCAGCCUGCCAUGUACGGUGCCCACGUGUCCUUCUUCAGUGACGACGCCCCGGGGGACCCGGACCGGGCCCGCCUGCUCGGGGCGCUGCUGGAGGAAGCCGGCCUGGAGCAGCCGCAAAUGCACAACGGCUCCGCCCGGGCCCCCGAGUGCCGAUUCUCGGUCCCUGAGGUGCCCACCCACGUGGCCGAGAUGUUGGCCACAGGCAACUGGACACGAGGGUCCCCGUCCCCGGCCUGCCGGUGCAGCCAGCCCGGUGCCCGCCGCCUGCUGCCUGACUGCCCCGCUGCGGCGGGGGGACCCCCGCCGCCCCAGGCCCUGAGCAGCUCCGGGGAGGUGGUGCAGAACCUGACUGGCAGGAACCUGUCCGACUUCCUGGUCAAGACCUACCCACGGCUGGUGCGCCAGGGCCUGAAGACCAAGAAGUGGGUGAAUGAGAUCAGGUAUGGGGGCUUCUCACUAGGGGGCCCAGACCCGGGCCUGCCCUCGGGCCGAGAGCUAGGCCGUUCUCUGGACGAGCUGCGGGCGCUGCUGAGCCCUGAGCCUGGCGGGGCCCUGGACCGCAUCCUGAACAACCUCACUGCAUGGGCGCUUGGCUUGGAUGCCCGGAACAGCCUCAAGAUCUGGUUCAACAACAAAGGCUGGCACGCCAUGGUGGCCUUUGUCAACCGAGCCAACAAUGCACUCCUACGCACCCAACUGCCCGUGGGCCCUGCCCGCCAUGCCCACAGCAUCAUCACAUUCAACCACCCCCUGAAUCUGACCAAGGAGCAGCUGUCAGAGGCUGCGCUCAUGGCCUCCUCGGUGGAUGUCCUGGUCUCCAUCUGCGUGGUCUUCGCCAUGUCCUUCGUCCCAGCGAGCUUCAUCCUGGUCCUCAUCGAGGAGCGUGUCUCUCGUGCCAAGCACCUGCAGCUCAUCGGGGGGCUGUCGCCCACUCUCUACUGGCUGGGCAACUUCCUCUGGGACAUGUGUAACUAUUUGGUGGCAGCGUGCAUUGUGGUCCUCAUCUUCCUGGCCUUCCAGCAGAAGGCCUACGUGGCCCCCGAGAACCUGCCUGCACUCCUGCUGUUGCUGCUGCUGUACGGCUGGUCGAUCACACCACUCAUGUACCCGGCCUCCUUCUUCUUCUCUGUGCCCAGCACGGCCUACGUGGUGCUCACUUGCAUUAACCUGUUUAUUGGCAUUAAUGGCAGCAUGGCCACCUUUGUCCUGGAGCUCUUGUCUGACCAGAACCUCCAGGCUGUCAGCCGAAUCUUAAGACGGGUCUUCCUGAUCUUUCCCCAUUUCUGCCUGGGCCGAGGGCUCAUUGACAUGGUGCGGAACCAAGCCAUGGCUGAUGCCUUCGAGCGCUUCGGAGACAGCCAAUUCCAGUCGCCCCUGCGCUGGGAGGUGGUUGGCAAGAACCUCUUGGCCAUGACAGUACAGGGCCCCCUCUUCCUCCUCUUCACCCUUUUGCUGCAGCACCGAAUCUACCUCCUGCCACGCCCAAAGCUAGGGCUGCUGCCACCCCUGGGGGAGGAGGACGAGGACGUGGCCCGGGAACGGGAACGGGUGACCAAAGGAGCCACCCAGGGAGACCUGUUGGUGCUCAGGGACCUGACGAAGGUGUACCGGGGGCAAAGGACACCAGCUGUGGACCGCCUGUGCCUGGGGGUCCCCCCCGGAGAGUGUUUCGGACUUCUGGGGGUGAAUGGAGCAGGAAAAACAUCCACUUUUCGAAUGGUGUCGGGGGACACACUGCCUAGUGGAGGCGAGGCCGUGCUGGCAGGCCACAGUGUGGCCCAGGAACCGGCCGCCGCACACCGCCGGAUGGGCUACUGCCCCCAGUCCGAUGCCAUCUUCGAGCUGCUUACUGGGCGUGAGCACCUGGAACUGUUCGCUCGCCUGCGUGGAGUUCCCGAAGCACAGGUAGCUCAGACCGCCAGCUCAGGCCUGGCGAGGCUGGGGCUCCUGCGCUAUGCAGACAGACCCGCAGGCACCUACAGCGGGGGCAACAAGCGGAAGCUGGCGACCGCAGUGGCUUUGGUGGGGGACCCGGCAGUGGUGUUUCUGGACGAGCCCACCACGGGCAUGGACCCCAGCUCGCGGCGCUUCCUCUGGAACAGCCUCCUGGCUGUGGUGCGGGAGGGCCGCGCCGUGGUGCUCACCUCGCACAGCAUGGAGGAGUGCGAGGCGCUCUGCACGCGCCUGGCCAUCAUGGUGAACGGGCGGUUCCGCUGCCUGGGCAGCGCGCAGCACCUCAAGAGCAGGUUCGGGGCUGGCCACACGCUGACCCUGAGGGUGCCUGCGGACCGACCAGAGCAGGCGGCGGCUUUUGUGACGGCCGAGUUCCCUGGGGCCGAGCUGCGGGAAGCGCAUGGGAGCCGCCUUCGCUUCCAGCUGCCGCCCGGCGGGCGCUGCGCCCUGGCGCGAGUGUUUGGGGAGCUGGCGGCGCACGGCCCCUCGCACGGCGUGGAAGAUUUCUCCGUGAGCCAGACCACGCUGGAGGAGGUUUUCCUGUACUUCUCCAAAGACCAGGGGAAAGAUGAGGCCGAGGAGGAGAAGGAGGAGCCAGAGGUGGGGUUGGACACCACACCAGGCCUGCAGUACCCCAAACGCACCUCAAGCUGUUUUCUCGAUGAACCCAGCACUAUGGAGACUGUGCUCUGAACCUCCUUGUCCUGGGGGCAAGUGGGAGCCCCUUGACGCCAGAACAAACAAUGGCCAGGUGGCCUGGCGCGAUGGCACAUGCCGGUCUUCUCAGUACUCAGGAAGCUGAGGCAGGAGGAUCGCUGGGAGAGGGAGCCCAAAGUGGGCUACGUAGUGAGUUCAAGGGCAGCACGGGCUGUGUACAUUGCAAGACCCUGUCUCACAACAAACAACCCAAAAGGGACAUGAACCUAACUCCCGGUGUCCCUGAGAUGCCAGAAGAAUAAAGAGAAGGCUGCAAA